GUGCGCCAGCCGAAGCAGGAAGGGAGGUGGCUGCCGAGCCAUUCUUAAAGGGGCCCAAGAGAUCACUCGGCAACGGACCGCUGACGACCGGAAGGAAAAUGAGUGAGUCUUUGGUGGUUUGUGAUGUUGCUGAAGAUUUAGUGGAAAAGCUGAGAAAGUUUCGUUUUCGAAAAGAAACCCACAAUGCUGCUAUUAUAAUGAAGAUUGACAAGGAUAAACGCCUGGUGGUGCUGGAUGAAGAACUUGAGGGUGUCUCUCCAGAUGAACUUAAAGAGGAGCUACCUGAGCGGCAGCCUCGCUUCAUUGUAUAUAGUUAUAAAUAUCAGCAUGAUGAUGGCAGAGUCUCUUACCCUCUGUGCUUUAUUUUCUCCAGUCCUGUGGGGUGCAAACCUGAGCAGCAGAUGAUGUACGCUGGGAGUAAGAACAAGCUAGUCCAGACCGCCGAGCUAACCAAGGUAUUUGAAAUAAGAAACACUGAAGACCUAACUGAAGAAUGGUUACGUGAGAAACUUGGAUUUUUCACUAAUGUGAACUUCUGUGUUUCUAAAGUAUUUAUGUAUUAACCUGACCAUACUGGAACCAGACAUAAAUAGUUAUUUAUGCCUAAAAAUGCACUGUUACUUACAGUUUGUUUCCUGCAGUAAAGAAAAAUUCUUCAUUUGUGCAGUUUGAACCAAGGGGAAAUCAUCUUCAUAGUAAUGAAACUUUGUGAAGUGUUUCCUUCUAUCUGUCAUUGUUAGGUGGACUACUUUUCUCCAGGGAUGGUUUGCAUCCUUGUGACUAAUUUCUAUAAUUUAUGAUUCAGAAUUUGUUACUGUUUGCAGACACUAUAGGAAGAUGGGUAUUAGACUGUGGUAGACAACAGUUCCUCCUCUGACCACUCCUGGGUACUGGCAGUUUAUAAGUGCAAAUAGCGUUUUAUCACCUGUCCCAUCAUUGAGGUUUAUUUGGGGGUGAAGCGUAAGUGACCGAUUCUGAUCCAUGAGUAGUGAUGUAGUGGGACCUCUGUUGCACUCUCCAUCACUUUUCCUCCUCUCUUGGGUUCCUGUAUCUUUUCAAUCAAGUGUUUAAUCUUCAUCAAUCAUUCCUCCUUAAGGUUUGAAAGUUCAGUUUUAUGGUAGAGUUAAGAGUAUUAGGAUUUCUUAUGGAGAGUAGCAUCCUAGUCUUAGAAACUGGGGAGCUAUAGAAUCAAGGGCUUUGUUCUCGGUUAUGUCACUGGUAGGGGGCUAAGACUGUAGCUUAGUAACACUACAGAGCACCUCCUAAGUCUCGUGAGCACUGUUCUAAGUAUGUUAACACUGUGCCUUUGAUUUGUCAGCUUUAACAUUAGCUUAAGGCUUUACACUGCCAGUAUUCUAGAUUUGGUGAAAUUAAAACUUUUUUAAAGGGUUCAAAUAAAACAAUUUUCUAUUAUGUAUAAUUGAAGUUUGUAAUAAAACCAACUUGUUAUUUUUAAAAUUCCAACUAUCUACCCAAAAUUGUGAUGGUAGGUGAGAGUUAUAAUUUGGGGUAUAUUUGCUAUUAGUUUUGUGCUACAUGUAAGCAUUAUUUAAACAUUGGCCAUAAUUAAUAACAACACAUCAAUAGAUAUUAUACCUUUUAUCCUAAAUGUCAGAAGAAAUUCUAAUAUGGACUAAGCCAGUCAUGGUUUGAUGACACCAUCAUCAGGAAGCAAGAUUUCUAAUCUACUUGGAAUUGUUAUAUUUAAGAAAACAUGUAAGAAAUGCUGAGUAGUAAUUUGAGUUAAAGAGGAAAGUAGAGAGACUGUAGAGGCUGACCAAAUUCUUAUAUUAAGAAGGCAGUGAUUUCUAUCUGGGCAGUGGUGGCACAUACAUUUAAUCCUUGCUCUUAGGAGGCAGAGACAGGCAGAUCUCUGAGUUCGAGGCCAGCCUGGUCUGCAGAAGCAAGUUCCAAGAUAGUCAGGGCUACACAGAGAAACCCUAUCUUGAACACCUGCUCCCCUACAAAGAAAAAUUAGCAAAAGUAUCUUUAUGUUGUCAUGUGUUAAUUGCAUAGUAUUUGUGUCAUUUAAGGCUUUGUGCCAGUUUUAUUGGAGGGAAGAUAGUUGGAACUUUCACAGUGGAGAGUGUGUUGUAUUCCCAACUGUGUGCUCACUAGCCUGUAUGUCAGGAAGCAAUUGCAAGUGCUAGAGGAGGUGUUCGUAUUGGUUCUUGAAUGGAAAAGUCCAGAGAGCAAGAAAACUUCCUCCAAGAAGUUUAAGAGUUCAUUAUACAGGUAUUGAUUGAGCUAGAGGAUAACUUGCUUAUAAUCCUACAGAAAUGCAAAUGAGACCCAAGUAGAGAGUGACUUUAAUGGUUUGAAUGAUGCAAAUAAGGAUUUGUUUCACCUGGUUAUAUAAGUAUGCCUUCAAAAGUAGUGCUACAAGUGUACACAUUGUAAGUUCAGCUCUUUAUUUUGGCUUGCAUAUUUAAAUCAGUUUUUGAAAUUUCUGAGUCUUUCGUCGGGUCGGUGGCCCUGACCUGCCAUACACAGGACUCUCAGUCUCUGGUUCUAGCAGCAACACGGAUGGUGAGGAGCUUCCUGUUUCAAGCUUGUCUGACUCUUUCCAAUAGAUGGGUCUUUUGUAAGGUACCACAUUGAGUUGGCAUCAAUGGAACAUGGUUAUUCUGUCUGUCCUUAGACAAGUUUGUAAGUCCUGUGCCCUAAAGUAUUCAUGAAAUAUUUAUGUAAGUUUCCCUUUAGCUAAAAUUUACUUUCUUUUAAAGUGUUUUUCUUAUUCUUUUUCUGCUGUUCCAUAAAGAGUAUGUCCAGAUCUCAUAAUUCCAGGUCUCUUACACUCCAUGUCUUUCAGGAACAACCGUUCCCACUCAGCCUUAAUCUUAAUCUUUCCUUUUUGGAAGCCACUCUUCCUGGGAACCUCUUUCGUUUUUUAAGCAAGCAUUGCUUUAGAACUUUCUGUUAUGCAUAGCAUCUAAUGUCAGAACCAACUAGGAAUCAGAGUGUAUGUGUCAUAUGGUUUCGGUGACAACAUAAGUGACAUAUGAAGAGAGGUAUUCUCAGGUUACCGUGCUGAAAUUCCAAAAGGUCUGAGUUUUAAACAGUGAUUUGUUCUGAUAGUGACACAAUUAUGUUAGGAAAAAAGCUGGUUGACUGUUUUGUUUAAUUGACUUCUAAACUAUGUUUAAAUUGUCUGAGGAGUUUACUGGAUGCUUAGUGCAGUUAAACAUUCUCUCCUGUGAGAGAAACAUUCUCUUGUAUGAGAGGUGUUGCUAGAUUGUUUGUGAUUAUGAAAUAAUUUGUAGCAAAAAUGUGUGUUAGCAUUUUCCCUCCCUUUUUGUCUCCUAUUUUCAGGAGCCAAACUUAGCCAUAAACUGUAUCCUGGUCUGACACUUUCACUAAUGGUUUCCAGUUAGAGGAGUUUAUUGCCAAAUUAAACUUGGCUCUUUUCCCACUUAGAAACUAAAGAAACUGCACAUAAGAAAUGUUUGGACACUUGUAAAACUCAAGUGACUACAUUAAUCUGUAUGAGAAGUAGUGAGUAGAUACUUUCAUAAGAAUUGAAAUGCCAAUAUUUGGGAAGUAGAAAGUAAUGUAUAUCCUAUCAGUUCUAUUGAGUGUUAAUAUGGUAGCACUCCGUAUUUGUUCUGUAGACUGAUAAUACUGGAAUCCAUAAAGUUUGAGCCUUUACAACUUAUGUGAAGAAAUGUUGCAAACAUUUCUGGAUGAAUCUUAUUUUGUAUUUCUAGAAGAAUGUAAAUCAUCUCCUAGGCCUCCUCAUGCUCAUGGUUCCAAGCUGAAUGUUUCUUGGUAGGCCAUCUGACACUUCAGAUCAGUGAAUCAUACUCCUGUAAUGUUAAAACAAUUAUAUUACGCUUGUGAUAGAAACAGUUUCUUGCUUUUUGGGAUAUUAUUACUUGAAUACCCCUUGAGAUCACUAACAUGCCAGGACAAGUCCACUGAUUUUGAUGGUCCAAUAUAAUCUCAUUCAAUGGGCUUGAAACGUUGGUGGUUUAGUCUUGUGAAUUCUAACAGUUCUCUGUCAUUGUUUAAGAAAACCAACAACUGGCACUACUUCUUAAGCUGUGGUUUCAGUCUCUGCUAGUUCAUACCGCAUGUUUAUUUUGGAGUCUUUUGGUAAGCAUGGUGCUUGUACUGGUUUAAAUAAAAUGCUAACAUGAAAGGA